AUGCGACUAUGUAGGGCUAGUACGGACUCGCUGGGCGAGGGUAUUAAGGGCCAAGAGCGAUCGCCUUUACGAACAUCUGAAUCUACAGUUUUUCAAGCUUCACAAAGGUCUACUACUAGUGACUUCGAUCAUAAACCGAAUGUUUGUGAUCCGAGCGAUGCCACACGACAAUCUGGUAUAUAUAAUGAUUGCAACGUCGAACCAGGUGGCGACUAUUCAGCCAAAACUAUUGAACGAAAUUUGACCGACGAUGUGAAUACUGUUCCCCGAAGCAAAGAUGUUGAGCGGUUACGCAUGGAUGGUAGAGAAGAAGGCGCGGGUUCCCCAACAUCACUGUCUGGCUUUCGCACGGCCGAUUUGUUAGCACAAAUCAGGAAUCGAGAGGGUGAUUUGUCGAUCCAUGAUGUAGAAAGACAGGAGGGAGAAGGGGCAUCGCCUUUGAAGCGGAAUGAAGCUGGAUCUAUUGUGGUGCUAACUGAAAAUGCAGACAGUGCUCCCUCGAAUACGUCCGAAAGUGGGGUAGAGACCAGGUUGGAACCCACCGAUGAGGAGGUCCUGAUGCAGACGCAGGUCAAAAAUCUGGAUACGAACGAGACGACAACGCUAGCAGAUGCUCAACAGAGCGAUCCCAUCAGUGCCACCUUGAUGGAAAGAAGAGGGCCGGACUGCGACGAAAAGUCAAUCGAUACAAUAUCAACAGCAACCGCUAAUAGCUCUCAGGGCCCACAUCGAAGAAACAGAAGUAAAACAACGCAUAUUCUGCAUAAGUUUGGAUUUGGCUCCAGCAAGAAUAGUCACAGCAAACAAACACCAGGGUCUCCAGUCGUGUCGCUGCACGACGAAUCGCUUAUAAAACAGAGUGUCAAAGGCAAAGCACACUUCUCCAAUCUCAGAAAAGUACAAUCACUCACGCCAAUGGGAGGGCCUAUUUGGACCAUGAAAUUCAGUGUCGAUGGCAAGCUACUGGCUGCAGCUGGACAGGACAGGAUCGUGAGAGUGUGGGUUGUAAAAGGACAGGAGGGUUUCUUUGACGACAUGAAAAACAAGUACAACAACUCAUCACGGAGCCGAAGUGGUUCGGCAUCUCAAGUGCCCACAGCGCAACCAGCUAGUAAGCCAGACGCAUCUAACGUUUCAAACUCACAUAGAACUUCGAAUGGUAACGAAACAAUAGAGGAAGAAGUAAGCACGCCUGGCAGCCACCCUGCGAGCAGUGCUCCCCCACCUAGACCGCCCGCGUGUGGGUCGCCCACGACAAUAAAACGAAUGGUAGAAAAGUCUAGAUCAGGCGGCAGCGAUAAUAUCGUAAACAAAAAUGCGAGUGCGUCCCCAAAACUUCACACGUCGGCGGAGGAAAAGAGCCAAAUAGAAGCUGUUAUUAAUGAUGACAAAGAUCAAAAACUAGCAAUUGACAGCAGCACAAUUGAAGGAAGGUCGAGUACGUGUUCACGCUCGAUUAAUCGUAAAACUUCGAACCCGGACACGCGCCCGCGUACACCACCACUAGCACACGCUCCUUACAAACCUCACCAGCACACGCAGAAAAAUCCUCAAUUAGACAAGCUUCCACAGACGCAGUCAGACGCACAUAGUAGGGCUGACGAUAGGAAUAGUAUAGGCGGGCCAAGUAGACCUGAACCGCCUAAAAGGCCUCCUCCUCCCAGUGCGACCAAGCGCCAGACCACGGACAGUAAAAAUAUCACUUUAAAUGUUCCGUCGAGUACUGAGAAUUUGGCGGCUGAUUUACUACCUGACACACAGCUGAAGCCAUUCUUUAAUGAUGAACCAUAUCAGCUUUUCAGAGGUCACAAUGCAGAUGUUCUGGAUAUCUCAUGGUCAAAGGAUGACCGUUACUUCCUGAGCGCGUCGUUAGACUGUCGUGUUCGCCUGUGGAGUAUAACGCAGAAAAAGGUUGCUCUUUGGAAUUUGGUAGAUAAUUCGGCAGGAAACAGCAUGAUCACAUCUGCAAGUUUUGUAGCCAACGGACGUAUGGUUGCUGUAGGGACGUACGAUGGACGAUGCUUGUUCUACGAUAGCGAAAAACUUAAGUACCAUACGCAGAUCCUUGUGAAACGGAAGGGCAAGAAGAGAGGGAAGAAGAUCAGUGGCAUUGCGAGCGUUGGCGACGGUGAUAGAAUCUUAGUGACAUCAAACGAUUCGCGGAUCCGCAUGUAUGACUUAUCAGAUUUCUCCCUUAAGCGCAAAUUUCGAGGGGGCAGUAUGAAUUCGGGUCAAUUACGUGCUAGCGUGAGCGGGGAUACCAAUUUUGUGAUUUCCGGUUCAGAAACCAACAACAUAUACAUGUGGAAGACGAAUGAAAAUGAUGGGAACAAAACACGAUACAACAACGAUGCGUGCGAAGCAUACGCGUCACACCGUUCGACUGUGACAGUGGCGCUGUUUGCACCAUACAGCACCUUCCCAAAUCUCAAAGAAGAAGACAAUAGCACGGCUGAUGGCGAGGUUAUUGUAUCUGCUGAUUAUUCGGGGUGUAUCAAUAUCCAGGCUGUCUUACCGCUGCAAAUGAUCGAAAAACAUGAGUUGUCUACUGUGUAGUACAAUAUUACAAUGGAUUCUCAUCAAUAGAAUGAACCAAUAAAUGGUUUAUUCCAC